AUGUCAAUGUCAUCAACCACCGACGGCGCAUCCGUCAAGGAAUCCAUUGAUGCAUUCUACGCAGGGAAAUUUGUGAUUGUUGCGGAUGGGGCCGACCGCAAGAACGAGUGUGACUUGGUAUUUGCAGCAGACCAGGCAACAACACAGGCCAUGGCAUUCGCCAUUCGUCAAGGUUCCGGGAUUGUGUAUGCAGUUGCCAGUCCAGAUGCAUUACAACGGUUUGGACUGUAUCCUGCCACAAACGUCAAUACAAACCGAUUUGCCAUCGGGGCGUAUGUGUCCACUACCUAUUUGCCUGGAUCGUCCACAGGUUUGUCUGCCGCUGACAGAGCUGCUACAGCACGUGCAUUGUGUAACCAUUCGAAUACGGCAGACUCGUUUUCAAAGCCUGGACACAUGUUUCCAGUCGCGGCACAUACGGACGGUGUCUUGGGUCGUCCCGGCCAUACAGAGGCAGCAUAUGAUCUUUGCCGCAUGAGUGGUCGCAUGCCGGUUGCGUGCUUGACGGAGUUGACCCAAGAAGACGGGUCAAUGUUGCGAUGGCAGGGUGCGAGAGAAUUUGGGAGAACUCAUGGCAUUCCUGUCAUCACUGUCGAGCAAAUCAUUCAGCAUCGACAAGCAUUUCCGCAGUUUCCUAAUGCGCCCAACCCAGACAGCAUUCCCAGCAUUCGUGGAUUGGAUUUGCCGGCGUUUGAUGGAUCUGGGUUGAAGAUUGCAAUUAUCAGCGCGCGCUGGAAUUCGCUUGUCACCCGCAACCUGGUUGUUGGGGCAAAAGAAGCGUUGCAUUCUUGUAACGUGCGUGACAUAUCGAUCGAAUACGUUGCUGGGUCGUAUGAGCUACCAGCAGCUGCACAAGUUCUUCUAGAGUCGCGCAGAUUUGACGGAAUCAUUUGCAUCGGAUGUCUCAUCAAGGGGCAGUCAAUGCAUUUUGAGUAUGUCAGCGAGGCAGUGACACAAGGAAUCAUGCGCCUGAACUUGGACUACAAGGUGCCGGUCGUAUAUGGCAUUCUCUCAGUGUUGACCGAAGAGCAGGCCAAGCAGCGAUCAGGGAUCUCAAGCACACAUAACAGUGGAAAAGAGUGGGGCAUCACAUGCGUGGAGUCUUGCUUGUUGACAAAAAGAUACCUCAAGGCUUCAAGACUAUGA